AUGGCGGGCAGAAAACAUUGGCCUCGAUUUGGCAGUUUCUUUGCUUUUCUCCUUGUUCUCCUUCUAUGCAAUAGGAUAGUCAAUGCCAAGGAAGAAGAUGAAGAUAAUGGCAAAGACCGAGUUAUGAAACGCUGUAUCGACUGUCGUAAAUUGGCUGUUUCCUUCGAAAUUGGACUAGACUUGACAAACAGGAAAGGCUAUGGAGGUGGUGAUGUUGUCUGGGAAGAGAAAAAAUUAGGAAAGUACGAAAACAGUGAAAUGCGUUUAUUGGAUAUAACAGAAAAGACAUGUAAGCGAAAAGACUUUCAGUGUAAUACAAUGCUUGAAAAUUACGAAGAUGAAAUCGAAAAAUGGUUCUUCAAACUGAGACAAGAUGAAACAGAUUUUGCCGAGUGGUUUUGUGAAAAAACGCUCAAAGUUUGCUGCCCAUUUAAUACCUUUGGCCCAGAUUGUCAAGCUUGCCCAGGAAAUGGCGAAUUUAGUUGUAGUCAGCAUGGGAAAUGCCAUGGAAAUGGAACACGCUCUGGCAAUGGUAGCUGUAUUUGUGAAACUGGAUAUAGCGGAUCAGUUUGUGAAAACUGUACUACGGGAUAUGUACAAAAAGGCUCAGAAUGCAACGAUAUAAAUGAAUGUGAAGCUAACGCUUGUGAUGUUUCGCUUGAAAAUUGUGAAAACACGGAAGGUAGUUUCAUCUGUACAUGUAAAGAAGGGUUCCAGAAAGAAGGUGACGUUUGCGUUCCAGCUGAGCCUACUGAAGGAACUGAAAGCUCAACGGAUGACAGUGCAGCUACAAAUGCUGUUGAAGAGGAGAAAGCUGCGGAAGUUGACUCACACGAAGAAUUAUAA